GGAACGCAGCUAUAUAAAGAGAAGAGCAAGUUCAUCUUAGUAUAGAUAUAUAUAUAUAUAUAAACCUUUACAUAUAUUCAUCUUUCUUCUGCGAUUCAGAAAAAAACUCAUCCAUGGCAAGAGUCAACUCAGCUGCUGCCACUGUCAGAAGGCUUGAGGGGAAAGUGGCGAUUAUCACUGGUGGUGCCAGCGGCAUAGGUGAGGCCACCGCAAGACUCUUCUCUAAGCACGGAGCUCAUGUGGUGAUAGCUGAUAUUCAAGACGAUUUGGGUCUUUCUCUCUGCAAUGAGUUGGAAUCAGCUAUCUAUGUUCAUUGUGACGUGACAAAGGAAGAAGACGUCGAAAACUGCGUCAACGUAGCUGUUUCCAAGUACGAGAAGCUGGACAUCAUGGUUAAUAACGCGGGUCAAUUGAAUGAGUUCAAACGAAGCAUUCUGGAAAACACAAAGUCUGAGUUUGAGAGAGUGAUAAGAGUGAACAUGGUUGGCCCAUUUCUGGGAACAAAGCACGCUGCAAGAGUGAUGAUUCCUGCUAAAAGGGGUUGCAUAAUUAACACAGCUAGUGUUGCAGGAUGCAUAGGUGGAGGUGCUACACAUGCCUACACCAGUUCAAAGCAUGGGCUUAUGGGGCUGAUGAAAAACACUGCGGUGGAGCUUGGACAAUUCGGUAUUCGGGUGAACUGUGUAUCCCCUUAUCUGGUUGCGACACCGAUGUUAAAUGAGUAUUUCAAUAUUGAUGAAGAAGGAGUUCGUGAGGCUUAUUCCAACCUAAAAGGUUCUUAUCUUGUGACCAACGAUGUGGCCGAAGCUGUUGUUUAUUUGGCAGGUGAUGAGUCUAAGUAUGUUAGUGGUCACAAUCUUGUGUUAGAUGGAGGAUUCUCCAUUACAAAUGCAGGAUUUUCUCCUUGGCAGUCUGUGUGAGAGAAAGACACGUUUUCUCUGCUUAUCAUUACAGCUGGCACUAUUAUCUUUACUUUGGCAGUCUCUGUGAGGAGAGAAAAACACGUUUUAUUUGUUGCUUUUAUUAAUUUGUUAAGAUGGUUAUUUUUCUUUGCUGCAGUAUAAAUUGCACCGUCACAUAGUAUUCUUUUUAGUGAGUUGAAUAUUGAGAAUGACGAAUUUUUGAAACUAGAA